AUCGUGGCUUCGGAUAGCAUAUAUCUUGCGUUCGAUUGGUACUUCCCCACGAUGCUUGACCAUUCUCCACGUCAGUCCCGGUUUCGAGACCAAAUUUUUGAAAAAUCACAAGCGCAAUCGUCCUGACCAUAACCUUCUGCACUUACCAAGUUAUUGUUCAUAAUAUCACUACACCAGUGAUAUCCUCUCUUUAUCCAAUCCUUUGUACUUACUCAAUCGCAAAUUCUAGCAUCCGACCUUCGAAUCAAAAUGUCCGGUAACAAGACUUUUAUCGUCGAGCAUCUCGACCCUGAGCUCGAGCAAUGGUCUGCUCUCGAGUACAAGUGCAUUGCUAGGGAAACCGCAGCUACGGGAUCUUCAUUCUACCUCACAUCUGUUCCUCGUGAACUGCAAUUACCCGAAUCUCUCAAAGCCGUCUCCGAGUUGAAUGUUGAGCACCGCGGUAUCGAGGAGAUCUACGCAGACAAGAAGGAUCGCGUCUGUCUUCUCGACCCUGCAGCGACCAAGGAACUCAGCCCUGAGGACGGUGACAACUUUGACAUUUUCCUGUUUGGCGGUAUCCUCGGAGAUGACCCUCCAAGAGAUCGUACCUCCGAGCUCCGAAAGAAGGGCUACCAAGGACGCCGUUUGGGGCCCGUGCAAAUGACUACAGACACAGCAGUGCGAACCACUAGAAUUGUGGUCCAAGAUCGCAUCGCGCUCGAGGACAUCAAGUACGUCGACAACCCAGAAAUCAAGGUUGACGAGCACGAGAGCACCGAGAUGCCCUUCCGCUAUGUUCUUGACAAGAACGGAAAGCCCAUUUUCCCCGAUGGUAUGGUUGAUCUGAUCAAGAAGGAUUCGGAGCGUGGUAUCGACGAUUUGCUGUAAAGGGAUAUCAAAAGUGUUGCAUUGAGCAUUAUUUCUUGCUACUUGUCUUCGUCCAGCACAGCGCGACUUACUGGUAAUCAUCUCAUACAGCUCGUAGGAUCAAAUUGUAUGCCCACUGAUUUUCAUGUGAUCAGACACUAUGAUUGACACCCGUAUGGUACAUGAUAAUGUC